CCUUUCCUAGCACGCGGUCCCCCAGCUCCCGCACGGCUUUUGGAGCUUGAGCUGGGUGCUGGGUGGGAGGCGGGGGGCCAUCCCGGAGGGGAUCCCGCCCCCCCCGGCCCCCCGGUGCCCCCGCGUCCACGUGAGCGCAGGGCCAGCACCGAUCCCGCAGGCUGCACGGCGAGUCCCGGCUGCGCGCCGGUGCCUCCGCGGUCGCUCUCAUCGCCGUCUGCGCUACACGUCGCUGGCCGGUCCCAGCGGCCCUGGCCGGGCGUUUUGCCGGGGUCCGGCUCCUGCAUCCCGGGGCAGCGCGCAGGGCGAGGCAGGCAGGCCGCCCUCGCCGCUCCGGGCACUGAUAGACGAUGAGCAGCCACGGCAACAGCCUGUUCCUGCGGGAGAGCGGCCACCGCCUGGGCCGGGCGGGCUGGCUGCAGCGGCUGCGAGACAGUCUGCAGCAGAGGGCGCUGCGCACGCGCCUGCGCCUGCAGACGCUGACCCGAGAGCGGGUGCUGCGCUUCCUGCGCCGCAAUGCCUUCAUCCUGCUUACCGUCAGCGCUGUGGUCAUCGGUGUCAGCCUGGCCUUUGCCUUGCGCCCAUACCAGCUUACCUACCGGCAGAUCAAGUACUUCUCUUUUCCUGGUGAGCUUCUCAUGAGGAUGUUGCAGAUGCUGGUGCUGCCCCUCAUUGUCUCCAGCCUGGUCACAGGUAUGGCAUCCCUGGACAACAAGGCGACAGGGCGGAUGGGGAUGCGGGCAGCGGUGUACUACAUGGUGACCACGGUCAUUGCGGUCUUCAUCGGCAUUCUCAUGGUCACCAUCAUCCAUCCUGGGAAGGGCUCCAAGGAGGGGCUGCACCGCGAGGGCCGAAUUGAGACCAUCCCCACAGCUGACGCCUUCAUGGACCUGGUCAGAAAUAUGUUUCCACCCAACCUUGUGGAGGCCUGCUUCAAACAGUUCAAGACACAGUACAGCACGAGGGUUGUGACCAGGACCAUCGUGAGGAUGGAGAAUGGGUCUGAGCUGGGUGCCUCCAUGCCUCCUCCCUCAUCAAUAGACAAUGAAACCAGCAUCCUGGAAAAUGUCACUCGGGCCUUGGGCACCCUGCAGGAGGUGCUGAGCUUUGAAGAGACUGUUCCCGUGCCUGGAUCUGCCAAUGGCAUCAAUGCCCUGGGCCUCGUGGUCUUCUCUGUGGCCUUUGGACUGGUCAUCGGGGGCAUGAAACACAAGGGCCGAGUCCUGAGGGACUUCUUUGACAGCCUCAAUGAGGCCAUUAUGAGGCUAGUGGGCAUCAUUAUAUGGUAUGCGCCUGUAGGUAUCCUGUUCCUGAUUGCUGGGAAGAUUCUGGAAAUGGAAGACAUGGCUGUUCUUGGGGGUCAGCUGGGGAUGUACACACUGACUGUCAUUGUGGGCUUGUUCCUCCAUGCUGGGGGUGUCUUGCCCCUCAUCUACUUUCUCAUCACGCAUCGGAACCCCUUCCCCUUCAUCGGGGGCUUGCUGCAGGCACUCAUCACUGCCAUGGGCACAUCUUCCAGCUCUGCGACCCUGCCCAUCACCUUCCGCUGCCUGGAGGAGGGCCUGGGUGUGGACCGACGCAUCACCAGGUUCGUGCUGCCUGUGGGGGCCACUGUCAACAUGGAUGGCACUGCACUUUAUGAGGCCUUGGCUGCCAUCUUUAUUGCUCAAGUCAAUAAUUAUGAGCUCAACCUGGGCCAGAUCACCACCAUCAGCAUCACGGCCACUGCGGCCAGUGUUGGGGCUGCUGGCAUCCCCCAGGCGGGUCUGGUCACUAUGGUCAUUGUGCUCACGUCGGUCGGGCUGCCUACGGAAGACAUCACGCUGAUCAUAGCAGUGGACUGGUUCCUUGACCGGCUUCGCACGAUGACUAAUGUGCUGGGGGACUCGAUCGGAGCGGCUGUUAUUGAGCAUUUAUCCCAGCAGGAGCUGGACCUGCAGGAAGCUGAGCUCACCCUCCCCAGCCUGGGGAAGCCCUACAAGUCACUCAUGGCACAAGAAAAGGGGGUGUCCAGGGGCCGGGGUGGUAAUGAGAGUGCCAUGUGAGGGCCCUCCAUGUCUGCUGCCUAGUGAGAAGGGGGGUCCUGCGGACAGUCUGCUACCCAGCUGACCAUGGGCUGAACCCAUACUCUGCUUGGCUUGUUGUGGGGGCAGUGAGAUAAAGGAGCAGGAGUGAAAGGUAUUCAAGGUCUCUGUUUGUCCUUGGGUAUACCUGAGAACUUGUGGGAGGGUGUGACUGAGAAAGGAGAAGAAACAGUUCUCCUGGAUUUGGGGGCAGGAGAAGCUUCAGGCUCAACAAGAAGAAAGGCCAACUCUUGUUAUUUUUCUCAAGAAAUGGUGGAACUGAAGAGGGUAUAAAAAACAACUUUCUCAUAAUAAAACAAUAUUGGUGACCUUUUUGGUUGGAA